AUGUCGUCCUGCGAGGAGCUCUCCAGCUCGGCUGAUUCUUCACUAACGUGUCCUAGCACUUCGGAGCUACAAGACGACAUGUCCAGCUCCACGCUCGCUCUCCUUACAGCCGCAGACUUGCCGUCUUCGUCUCAAAAUGACGUCACAAACGUGGCCACCACUGCUCUCCAUCUGGAGCGCUACGCUUCGGAGCUUCUGCUGUGGCUGCAACGCUCGGACGCGGCAGUUCCGGCCGAUGACGCGCUCUUCUUCUUCGAGACGCGCCACCCAGAACUUCUUGACGACCUGCCGCUGCUCUUCGCGUGGCUCUCGCUCUUUCUGGCGCAGCACGAAGACUCGUCCGGUGUCAAGGCGACAGGCAUCACGGCGCGCGCCGUGCAGCAGCUCGACAGUUCCGGGGACAUGACUGCUGUUGCCGAGCACUUCGCACUCAAGAGCGCACUCACGCCUCUGUACUGGAAGCAUGAGGGCGACCGGCAGCAGCUCAGAGCAGAGGAGAGCGACGCCGUCGAGACCACGAGCAGCAGACCCAGAACCGUCUUCCAGGACGAGAAGGGUCUGCUGGAAUGGAUAUUAAGCCACAGAGACGUGCCUCUCACUAGACAGGACAUCGUGGACCACGUGAUGGAGGAGUAUCCGGUCUUUGCGGCUUCUAAGAGCGCGGCGGCGCUCAAGGUCUGGACGUCCAGAUUCCUGAAGAAGCACAUCCCGUCACAGUCGCUAAUUGCGUCAGCACCAGCAGUACAUGUUGGUGUUGUGCAGGAGAUCAGUGGAGAUGUAGAUACAGAGACGCAGAUGAUGACGAUGGCGACACACCAGGACGCUGCGACGCUGUCGACGGACGCGGUGGAGGCGACGGUAGUGAGUCCGACCCCACCGCUGCUGCCUCAACCCAAGUCUGCGGAAGGAGAUGCAGUCCUGGUGGAGACACAGGAAGAAUCUGAUGACCCCUCGACUCAACACACAGGCAAGCGUCGAUCGGGCUCGGGUCGAUACAUGCUCUUCUCGAACGAAUUCAAGCUGCACGCAGUAAAUAUGCUGGACGAAGGUAAAACUGUCACCCAAGUGGCCGAAGAAUUGGGCCUUAAGAACCCCAACUGUUUGAGUUAUUGGAGGAGCAUUCGAGACAAAUUAGUCACGGCCGAGAGGAAACGAUUCCGCUUAGCAGGAGGAGGACGACGCAGUAGCUGCUCGUUCGAGGACGAACUGCUCACGUGGGUCAGCGAGCGGCAUCACCAAGGCCAAGGCACCGACGUCAAGGCUGUACUCGAAUACAUGAAAGAAUAUCACUCGUCCUUCACUGAGGGCAAGAAGGAGCCAACACUUCGCAAGUGGAUCCUUCGCUUCUUCAAACGCUGUUGGCGAGCUCCAUCCACAUCCAUCGACUCACAAGACGCAGAGAAGUCGUAUAUAUUUGUCUAA